GAUGCUAAAAUUAACCCACUGAACAGCUGAGAGUGUGUGUGGGUGUGUGUUCGCUGACACACACACACACACACGCACGCGCCUUUGUCUGUCCAGGCGCGCGCUCUGUGACAGUAAGACACGAUGACCCGGUUCUCUUAUGCCGAAUAUAUUUCAUUAUUCAGAACAAACGACAAAACAGCAAACCCAAGGCGACAGAAAACACACACACACCGCUGUGGAGGAGCGGAGGCGCGCCACGAGCCCGCACAAGCGGGACCCAGUGGGACUGAAGUGCUGGACGGAGACGACUGGACACCACUGCAUGAAGCAGCUUACCGUGGACAGAACCACUGCCUUCAGGCACUGCUGAGAGAGGGCCAGGUGUGUGUGGACAAGCGCACUCUACAGGAGGAGACGGCGCUGAUGCUGGCGGUGCAGGCGCGGCAGCUGGAGUGUGUGAGGAUCCUUCUGGAAGCCGGAGCAGAUCCUGAUAUCUGCAACAAGAGCAAAGAGACGCCGCUCUAUAGGGCGUGCGAGCAGGAGUGUGUGCAGAUGGUGGAGGUGCUGCUGCAGCGUGGCGCAGUGGUGGACCAGCGGUGUGUGCGCGGUCGCUCCGCUCUGCAUGCGGCUGCAGAACGAGGCUGUGUGCAGAUCUGUGUGUGUUUGCUGCGUGCCGGAGCCUCCAGAGACGCACGCUGCGCUCAACUCAACACACCCGCUGUAGAGGCCGCACGACACGGACACACACACACUCUGGAGCUGCUCAUGCAGAACGGAGCAGCAGUGGAUCUGCAGACGAGUGACGGAUACACACCUUUAAUGGAGGCCUGCAGACACGGACACACAGAUGCAGUGCGAGUCCUGCUCAAACACCACGCAGACACACACCACGCCUCUGCGGACGGACUGCUGCCACUGCAUGUGGCCAGUCAACACGGACACCACCGGAUCGUGUCUAUACUGCUGCCCAUCACCAGCCGCUGGAGGCUCCGUCAGAGCGGCAUCUCCCCUCUGCAUCUGGCGGCGGAGCGGGGUCACCUGCGUGUGCUGGAGCUGCUGAUCGGCUCGGGCUGUGAUGUGAACAGCAGGCUGUCAGACGAGCGCUCGGCUGUGUUUGCGGACCGUCGGGUGUCUCCGCUGUACUGCGCAGUGGCCGCCGGCAGGACAGAGGUAGCUGCCGCACUCCUGCGAGCCGGAGCCGACCCCGAGCUGGACCCCUUCAGCCCGCUGCUGCUGGCGGCCCGGCAGGCCUGUGUGCGCACGGUGGAGCUGCUGCUGCGGAGCGGAGCGCACGCCAACACACACCCGCCCACACACAACACCACAUUCCCUGCGGCGCUGCUGCACACACACCAGCUGGAGGUGCUGCGGGAGCUGCUGGAGCACGGCUGCGACGCACACGCCUGCUUCACCUGCGCAACACACUCGCACGAGGAGGACACACUCGCAGAACACACACCACACGCUGCCAAGAUCACGUUCUGCGAGUGGCUCUGCUCGUCCCGCUCUGCUCCCUCUGCUGGUGGUUUGGUGGAUCUGCUGUUGGAUUAUGUGGGAAAUGUUCAGCUCUGCAGCCGGAUCUCCAGCCUGCUCCGGGACACAGCGCAGUGGCCCAGCAUCGAGGAGAAGACCUCACACUCCAGAACAGAGUCAGCAGCAGUGCAGGCCGUGAUCAGGUGAUCUGCUGGAUGAUGAUGUGAUGUCCACAGGUGAUGGUGAUGGUGAUCUGCUCAUCAGGAAAGCUCUAGUGCUGUAGGAGCAGAGAUGAGUCGAGUAUCUCCAGUUUGAGCACAGACACAGUGCAGUGCAGAACAGCAUUAAAGACUGAAGGAGUCUGGAGGAGUUUCAGUGCAUAAAGCACAAGAGCGCAAGCCUACACUGAACAACCGUGACCUCCGACCCCUCAGGGGUCCUCUGGUAUCUUUUCCAGAAAACGUCUUGCACAAAAUGAAUUCCAGCACUUCAGGCGGUGUGGAUGAGUGCGCGAUUCACAACAACACAAAACCAGCAUUAACAUAAAACAGCUAAAGACGGUCUCCGGGGCCUCUCUAAUAAAGGCGUCCUCUAAAUGAUCCCGCUUCUGAAAUGCUUCAGCAAAUGAAUGAUGUGUAACGUGGCCUCAUGCAGCCCGCUUUAGUGUCCCGAACCCAAGUGCAGCGUGACCCACUACAUUAAACACAACCGCACUACUCCUGACAGAUAAACUCUUAAAGUCAUUAUAAACUCUAUUAUCUCCUGAACUAACGCUCACAAUUUCAUUCAUAUUUCCGCAUUACAAUAGCAGGAGUAGUGUUUAGGAAUAACUUGCUGACAUAUUAAAAUACACUGCUGAAAUAAAUCACGCUUCAGCCCCAAAACCCUGAUCUGGACUGUCUGUGCUUCAGUAUAUGCUGCUGAACUCACACGCAUGUGACACACGGUCAAACCUUCAGCCAAACUAAUCCACAAGAUUUGAUGAUAAUAAUUUAUAUUAUACUAUUAUGUUCCUAUAUGAUUACUAAUAUUAUACUAUUAUCAAAUGAUCGACCCUGGAGAGCAGCACAGGAGCUUCACAUUUAUUGAACACACUCUUUACAGCUUCGUGAACUCUUAAUACACAACACAAAACACGUGAACAGAAAGACUGAACAGAAGAGCGUUUACCGCAGGACAGCAUUACUGAGCGUCUGCUGGAGUGUGUGGAGAGGCUUUAAAGCUGGAGCGCUGCAGAAGACCACUGUCAGUCUGAGAGUAACACUGAGACGCCCAGUCCAUCCUCUGCUGACGCACACACAUCAGCUCCUG